AUGACCAAACUCUUCACUCCCCUCCACGUCGGCCGCAUGGAGCUCGCCAACCGCAUCGCCAUGGCACCCAUGACCCGCUACCGCGCCUCCGACAACCACGUCCCCCUCCCCAUCAUGAAAGACUACUACGCCCAGCGCGCGUCCGUCCCAGGCACGCUGCUAAUAACCGAAGCCACCACGAUCUCCGCCCGGGCCGGCGGGUACGCCAACGCACCCGGCAUCUACAACGACGCGCAGAUCGCAGCCUGGAAAGAAGUCACGGACGCCGUGCACGCCAAAGGCAGCUACAUCUACGUCCAGCUGUGGGCGGUAGGCCGGCCAGCCAACCCGCAGCUCCUACAAGCGGAGGGCGGAUACGAUCUCGUCUCGAGUAGCGCGACGGCCGUGAGCGCGGACGCGCCCACACCGCGCGCGCUCUCGGAGACCGAAAUCUACGCCUGGAUCGCGGACUAUGCGCAGGCGGCGCGCAAUGCCGUUGCGGCGGGCUUUGACGGUGUGGAGAUUCACGCCGCGAACGGGUAUUUGAUUGAUCAGUUUACGCAGGAUAUCUGCAAUACGCGCACGGAUGCGUGGGGAGGUAGUGUGCAGGGUCGGGCGAGGUUCGCGCUUGAGGUCUCGCGCGCUGUUGUUGAGGCCGUUGGUGCUGAUCGCACGGGGAUUCGGUUUAGUCCGUGGAGUACGUUCCAGGGGAUGCGCAUGAAGGAUCCGAAGCCGCAGUUUGAGUAUCUGGCGGUGCAGGCGGCUAAGCUGGGACUUGCUUAUGUGCAUUUGGUGGAGUCGAGAAUUGCGGGGGGUGCUGAUGUUGAUGCUACGGAUCGGUUGGAUUUCUUCCUGCGGGCUUAUGGGAAGGCUUCGCCUGUUAUUUUUGCUGGUGGGUAUGACGCUGAGUCGGCGGUUCGGGCGGUUGAUGUUGAGUAUGCGGAUUAUGAUGCUAUUGUUGGCAUUGGGCGGCCGUUUAUUUCGAACCCGGACUUGCCGUUCCGGGUUCAGAAUGGCAUUCCGUUUGUGCCAUAUGAUAGGGCCACUUUCUAUGUGCCUAAGGACCCUAAGGGAUACACUGAUUAUGCGUUCAGUGCUGAGUUCCAGAAGGCCAUUGAGGCGGCGGCUUGA